CAGGCGGGCGGUUCCGACGUGAGGGGACGCCGCCGGGCCACGAGGCUGGCGGAGAGGCGUCUUGUUGGCUGUACGGAACUGUUGCCAUCACGACCGCCGCCGCCCCGCCUUCCCCGUUCCACUUCGCUCGCGGCCGUGGACGCUACUGCGGUUGGGCGACGGCGACUUGCGCCGCGGAGGGACCGCCGCUGAGGUUCGGCGCUGCGACGGUUGGAUGACCAACGGUUGAGUAACGGUGACUGACGAUCCCGUUCGCACGCGCCCAGCAUGCCAUGGGGAACAGCUGGGCGGCGCAGUGGUGCUGCUGGCUCUUCCCGAGGCGGGAAACGGCCCGGAUCCAACGAGGAGGAGGAGGAUCGAAGUACUUCAGGACAUGUUCUGCAAGGGAACAUUUCACUAUAGAGUUUGAAAAUCUAGUGGAAAGUGAUGAGGGUGAAAGUCCAGGAAGCAGCCAAAGACCUCUAACUGAAGAAGAAAUUGCUGAUCUGAGAGCAAGACAUUACAAUUCCAUUGCUGAAAAACAAAGAACGGUAGAUCAUAAGCUUCAAUCAGAGUUAGCCAUACAAGAGGAGAAGUUAAGAAUAGAAGAGGAGGCUUUAUAUGCUGCACAGCGUGAAGCAGCCAGGGCAGCAAAGCAGAAAAUACUCUUGGAGCAACAAAGGCUGCAGAGGAUAACUCAGAGAGCACAAUUGACAAACAGUGGAGAUACUCAAAGCUCUAUGACAGAAGAGGACUUAGAUGCUUACAUGAGAAAUGUGAAGCUACAACAUGAAGCUUUUAGGAAUAGUAGGCUCUCAUCUGAUGCUACUGUUUUGACACCAAAUACAGAGAGCAGUUGUGACUUAAUGACCAAAACCAAAUCAACCAGCGGAAAUGAUGACAGUAACUCUUUGGAUUUGGAGUGGGAAGAUGAAGAAGGUAUUAAUAGAAUGAUUCCAUUGCGGGAACGUUCCAAAACUGAAGAGGAUAUACUCCGGGCAGCACUAAAAUUUAGUAGCAAGAAAACUGGAAGUAAUCCAACCUCUGCCUCUGAUGACUCCAAUGGUUUGGAAUGGGAGAAUGACUUUGUUAGUGCUGAAAUGGAUGAUAAUGGCAACUCUGAGUAUGCUGGAUUUGUAAACCCCGUCUUAGAACUGUCUGCAUCUGACAAAAAGACAUCUGACACUGACCAGCAAGAAAGAUAAUGAACUCAGCUGGUUGAAGUUGGACAAAAAUCUCCAAUUCUAUGUGCAAGUCAUUGCUGCUGCACAACUUCCUUUAAAAUAAGGAAGUUGCACAUUGACAAUACUUGAUUAAUUGAAACCCACAUUUCUUUUAGACAGUAAAUGAAACCAUGUGAUUAUGUCCGUCAAUUACAAAAUAGGAGCAUGAUUUGCCAUCUGAAUUCAGAAUUUUAAGUGCAAUUUUAUCAUCGACCUUUGAAACUUACAGGAAAAGUCUGCCGUGAUUCUGUUGUGUGUGUCCUUGGAUUUUAGUAUACAACUCUCUGCACUAAUUGGGGCAUCACAGCUGGAUGCUUUUUGGGCUGCAUUUCUGGUUUGUUUCACUAUUAACAUUGGAGUGAUGACUUCAAUUUAAUAAUACUUGAAUGUUGAAACUAGGAAGCAAUUUUUUCACGUCAUUUUCUUCUGUUGCGAAAAUCAGUAGUGAAACUAUACAUGUAAAACUGAUGUACUUUGUCCAUUUAUGUCUUAACUUCCACAGGUUCAGAUCUCCAGCACAAUACAUCUCACAUUUAAGUGUAUUAAAAGCAUCAUGCAAGACAGGAUUUUAUCUUGAACAAUAGCAAACAAUGUUAAAACAUUUUGAACAUUUAAAUAACUGGAAACAGUAUAAGUUUUUGAAGAUAAAAUGUUAGCGAACCAAAGGUUCCAUUUUCCCAACUAUGAAAUGCCAAAUGCUGCUAGUACAAAGAUUUUAAUUGCCUAUAUGUUUAAGAGAUACAAAAUCAGUUUUGUUCCACACUCUUUAAUUACAUUGAACUGAUAUUAAUGGUGGGAAAACUGGUGUUUUUUUUUAAUAUGUGGAAGGUAUAUGUUUCUGGAGGUGUAUUAAGUGAUAUUCCAGUCCAAAGGUCUGGUUUUGGAUUGUAUAAAAGGAACUAUUCAUGUAUCCUAUGACUAGGAUUAGGAAUUGCUAUAAAAGUGUAAUUUAAUCAGGUAUAAUUAGUGCUAUUUGGGGGGAAAAGAUGGUUGCCCAUGUGUCUUCUUUCUCUGAAAAAGAGUCUUAAAAUUUUUAAUUCUCAAGAGAAGCUCCUCAGUGUCGCCUUAUAUCUUCUAGCACCGCGGUGGCAAACCUUUGCCAAUUGGCCAUGCUGGCAGGGGCUGAUGGGAAUUGUAGUCCAUGACAUCUGGAGUGACUGGAAGAUGUCCAUAACAUCUGGAGUGUCUGGAGGUCCGUAACAUCUGGAGUGCCAAAGGUUUGCCACCGCGGUUCUAGCACAUUUGAGCCUGUGGCAAAGUGUUAGUAUCCUCCUAUGAAACUACCUUUUGUUUUUUCCCGGUUAGUAAGCUGCUUUGGAAUGGUAUUUGCUUUGGUAUGUGUCUGCCAUUCAGACUUUUGUAUAUACUAAACCAGAAUGGUACAGAGGGUGGCAGCUCAACGAGCAGGAGAGCACUUGCUUAGUGUGGUUACUCACUACUUGAACUGCUAGGUUGCACGCUGUCCUUCUCUGCAUGAUGCCCAGUUCUCUGUUCCUUCUGGAGUAUCAGGAAAGGAGACAUUUCUUCCAGGACACAGAGUUGAAACUGUGCAGUUAGAAUACGUAGGACUGCGGCUCAUGGUAGCUAUUGCUGUUAGUGAUGGAGAGUGGUGGAUUACAGACCUUUAAAAGCAGUUAAUGUGUCCUUGUCCUAAGCUGGUCUACCAGUGAUGGCAUUCCUUAGCCCUGUGCAGAUGGCCCCACGCAAUCACUGAGUGGUCUGCACAUGGAAAGUGUAGAGGAAAGUACCUGUGUUUCACAUCCUUUUCCCAUGAUCAACAACAUAUAAAAGCAGUGUUGCUGAGCAUGAGGGGGCAUGUGCGCAGGCACUUCUCCAUGCAUUCACCCCAUGCAUACCACUUGGUGAUCAUAUGCAGGUAUGGACUGGAACCAGCACAAUUGUGCCCAUUGUACCUUCCCGUGUGGAGAGUAAACAUGCAGCUAGAUCAUCUGCUUAGAGAUUUUGUUACUUCUUUCAUUUUUAAUGUCUGUCAACCCACCCAUCAUUAACAAGUUGUGCAGUGAUUGAAACUCUUUGCUUGUCUGUCUCAUAGUUUUCUUCCUCUCAUAAUUUACAAACUUGAUUUAUUUAUAUAAAUUAGUUUGUUUAUAUAAGUUAGUUUCAGUUUCAUGUUUACUUUUAUGCAACUUACAGCUCAAUCCAGGUGGAGGGGAUAGACUCACCUCUAAAGUUGCUGCAGUCCUGCACUGGUGGGUAGGUGCCAUGUGGCUCUGUAGUGCCCAGCCCAGAAGCCACCAUCCUUCCCUAGGCCUGCUGGCACAGAAAGCUGCCAUGAUGUUCUGGGGUGGGCCAGGGGUGGAGCCGACCUUAACCGCGCUGACAUAGACAGCCUCAGAGAUAUAGCACGCAUCUCCAUUAUCUCCUAUGGGGGAUUUUUGCCAGCUUUUUUUUUCAGACUUCCCACGUCACAGGGAGGCCUUUGGGAGAGGGUGGAGCAGCACCAUGCCUGCCCACCUAAUCUGGAUGGGGCUGUCAGUCACUGUCCCAAUAAUAUAGGGAUGUAAAGGGUUCAGUGGCAUUAAAGAAUUAUGAAGUGUUUGUCUUAACUCAUGUAAUAUACCUGAUCACAGUACACUGAUUUUUCCCCAUGCCUUUUGUUUUAAAAAGACAGCUCUUGACCAUUUGUGUAAAUGACACUUUAAAUAGCAUAACUUUUCUUAAUGUAUUGCAUUUCUUAAACGGAAGCUUUAUUGCUAAAAUAUUUACAUGGGAAGCUCUUCACUUGCAAUGCCUGUAAUAUGCUUUAUAAGAGAUUUGUACACUUAAAAUGUAUAUUUUUGGUUUGACAUAAGCUACUGUGUAUCAACUUUGUCAUGUUAUCAGUCCUUAAAAGUUUAAAUUUCUCAAGCUGUUAAUAAAUUUUAUACACACUUCA